CUAUCAUCAUGUAAUCUGCUGUUUGAUGUGGAUGGUUUACAGAUCUACACAUUCCGCAGGUCACAUUCUACAUCGCAAUGUUCAGUGUACUGUUUAUUUUAAACGCCAUGUUCCCUAUGUUCCUCUGAACGACGCCGUCAUCUACAUUGGUGCACCUAGGGAGAACGCCGCCACAUUGCAGGCUUGGACAUCUGUUUUCAAUAGUAGUUAUAGAAAGCAGGGGGGGGGUGUAGCCAUGUUGCGACUCACCAGGCAUCAGGCUAAAGGAAUGAGGAGCUGCCUUUGUGGCCAGCGGCGAUAUGAGCAUCAUAAGACUGUCAUGGCCAUCCGACGUGAAGACAUAAACGUCUGGGAGAGACGAGCUCCCUUGGCACCACGACAUGUCAGGGAGAUUGUCAACGCCGGCCACAAGGUCCUGGUCCAGCCCUCCAACAGAAGGGCUAUCCAUGAGAAGUAUUAUGAGAAAGUGGGCGCCGUCAUUUCUGAAGACAUUUCGGAGGCUUCCUUGAUCAUUGGCGUCAAGAGGCCCCCGGAGGGGAAAGUUUAUCCCAGAAAAACCUAUGCUUUCUUCUCUCACACCAUCAAAGCACAGGAAGCUAACAUGGGACUUCUAGAUGAUCUGCUGAAAAAGGAAGUUCGUCUCAUCGACUAUGAGAAGAUGGUGGACGCCAACGGCUUCCGUAUUGUGGCAUUUGGACAGUGGGCUGGCGUUGCAGGAAUGAUAAAUAUUUUGCAUGGCUUAGGACUUCGUUAUCUGGCACUGGGACAUCAUACACCUUUUAUGCACAUCGGCAUGGCCCACAACUAUAGGAAUGUCAGCCAAGCUGUCCAGGCAGUGAGGGAUUGUGGGUACGAGAUCUCCAUGGGCCUCAUGCCCAAGUCUAUAGGCCCAGUGACGUUUGUCUUUACCGGCACAGGCAAUGUCUCUAAGGGUGCACAAGAUAUCAUCAAUGAGCUUCCUGUUGAGUAUGUGGAGCCUCAUGAGCUGAAAGACGUGUCUCACACUGGAGACAUGUCCAGAGUUUACGCUACCGUUCUGAGUCGUCACCACCACCUGAUGAGGAAGAGCGAUGGUAUCUAUGACCCCCUAGAGUAUGAAAUUCACCCGGAACUGUACACAUCAAACUUCCGAACCAGCGUGGCACCCUACACCACAUGCCUGGUCAACGGCAUCUACUGGGACCCCCAUACGCCUCGGCUCCUGAGGAGGGUUGAUGCACAAAGGCUCCUGAGGCACGUCAAACCCUCCGCCGCCGCAACCGAAGGGUGGCCAGAGCUACCACACAAGCUCUUAGCAAUCUGUGACAUAUCUGCUGACAUGGGGGGCUCUAUUGAGUUCAUGACUGAGUGCACCACCAUUGAUAAGCCUUUUUGUAUGUAUGAUGCCGACCAGCACAUUGACCAUGACAGUGUGGAGGGCACCGGUAUUCUCAUGUGCUCUAUUGAUAACCUUCCAGCGCAGCUCCCCAUAGAAGCCACUGAGUAUUUUGGAGACCGCCUCUUUCCCUACAUUUGGGAGAUGCUGCCCUCAGAUGCCACUAGACCCCUAGAAGAAGAGGACUUUUCCCCUCAAGUCAGAGACGCUGUGAUAACGUCAAACGGAAGUCUCACUCCAAAGUUUCAAUACAUUGAAGAACUUCGUGAACGAAGAUUCCUUUACAGUGAGCAAGCCAAGAUAAUGAAGAAGGCUGGAAUGAAGAGAGUGCUGCUGCUGGGCUCCGGUUACGUGUCGGGCCCUGUCAUUGAGUACCUUACCCGGGACCCAGGGACUCAAGUCACUGUUGCGUCCGUGUUGUUGACCCAGGCAGAGGAAUUAGCAGGGAAGUACCCCAAUACUAUUCCUGUCAUGUUGGAUGUCACCAGUCAGGAGGGUCACCUGGAGUCCCUUGUCAAGGACCAUGACCUAGUCAUUAGUAUGCUGCCAUACAGCUAUCACCCUGUGAUCGCCAAGCAAUGCAUCAACCAGAAGGUGAACCUUAUUACUGCCAGCUAUCUGAGUCCAGAGAUGAAGGACCUCCAGCAGCGUGCUGAGCAGGCUGGCAUCACCAUAGUCAAUGAGAUGGGCCUGGACCCUGGCAUCGACCACAUGCUAGCUAUGGAAUGCAUCGACCAAGCCAAGGCGGACGGCUGCACUAUUGAGUCAUACAGUUCAUACUGUGGUGGCCUCCCUGCGCCGGAGUGCUCAGACAAUCCUCUGCGCUACAAGUUCAGCUGGAGUCCAUAUGGUGUCCUUCUCAAUACCAUUAGCCCUGCAGUCUUCCUCAAAAACAACAAGGUCAUAAGCAUUCCAGCAGGGGGCACUCUGAUGGAGUCUACGACUCCCAUGAACUUCCUGCCUGGCUUCAACCUGGAGGGCUUCCCCAACCGCGACAGCACCAAAUACGCUGAGGAAUACGGCAUCGAGACGGCUCACACGCUAAUCAGAGGAACACUCCGAUUCAGUGGUUUCUCCAAGGCCAUGAGUGGCUUCGUAAAGCUGGGUCUGAUAAACACUGACUCUUGCCCAAUGCUGAAGGAAACCUCCGCUCCCGUCUCCUGGAAAGAGCUCCUGUGUAAACAGAUAGGCCUGCCCCCGUCGACGUCGGACGAGGCUUUCGAGAAAGCCGUCUAUGAGCACAUCGGCCAAGAUGACUUCAGGAUGGAGACGCUCAAAUGGUUUGGGAUGCUUAGUAAUGAGGCUGUUCCCCAAGCAGAAUCGAUUCUAGGUUCUUUGACGAAGCACCUGGAGACCUGCCUCUCCUUUGAUAAAGGGGAGCGGGACAUGAUCAUCAUGAGGAACGACGUUGGCAUGCGCCAUUCAACAGGCGAACUGGAAACCAAGCACAUCAGCCUGGUCGUCUAUGGAGAACCCAACGGCUUCUCUGCCAUGGCCAAGACAGUGGGGUACCCCGCUGCCAUCGCCGCUCGUAUGGUCCUGGAUGGAGAAAUCACUAAGAAGGGACUGGUGUUGCCGAUGACCAGGGACAUCUACAGACCGGUUCUGAAGAGACUUAAGGAGGAAGGCCUACAUUUCAGCUCAAAAAGCACCAUCCAAGAGUAGGAACUGAUUGAGUCAUCCACUGCAUCUCGAUAGUGCCUAAUGAUUUCCUUUACUGCAGAUAAAAACAACAAAACACAUUCUUAUGUUUAGUUCUUUUAAUUGGCGAUAAAGGAAAGGAAACGAAUUUGAACUGAGAAAUAGUCAACAGGUUACCCCGAAAUGUGAUUGACUGAAUGGAAAUAUUGCCAGUCAGUGGCAGUGUAUCUAGAUGGAGAGAAACUGGGUGGGUGUCUGUCAAAGGUCAGAAGUUACUUUCUCCGUUCAUCUCCUUUCCUUCAUCUGUCUUGUCUCAUUUGAGCAAAUGUCAGUCGUCUUGCUUCCCUACUCUGUUGUUUCUGUUUCUUGACUCGGAGACCGAUAAGUGGUGCAUUGUUGGCGGAGGAACUGUAGGCAUUUGUUAGCAGGCAUAUGGAACACCAUCCUCUGCUCUUAGAAAGCCUUUUGAAAUCUGCCACACUUCCUUUGAAUUAGCCUACAUUCUUUCAAAGAAAAGCAUGAACAUGUUUAAAGACAAUAUGCUACAUAGUGUUUUAUCUGUAAAAUGUCUCACAAAACAAACUCAAUGAUUUGAUCGGUUCACCCAAUGUAAACAAUUUGUGGAAAAAUACUAUUUUCAUUUAAUUAACAUUUUCUUUAAUGUUUACUCUCACUGAUUACUGGUGAGGAGAGAGGACAAAGGAGUCAAGCAAAUCUAGAAGACCUGGUUGGAAAUGACAGUUUUGUGGAAACCCUUAGGACAGGAGACAAGUGGAAGGUACUUCUCAGACCUUUUAAGAGGCACUCUGACUUCCCGAUUGUUUGACCGGUGUUUCCUUAAAUGACUGCCUGACAGGGAAACCAAUCUAUUGUUUUUUUAUUUCAACAUGUUGCAAAUAGAACAGUUCCUUUCUAGUUAAAUGGUUUCUGAGCACUUUUGUUCUGAAAAUUCUUAACCAGAAGAGUCAUAAAACAUGCUUUAACAUAUAGCCAUCCUCUAGUCUGAGCAUACCUGCUGAGCCAAUGGGUACUUUCUUUCCUUAACCAUAACAUAUUCGUUGUGUCGGUCAGUUGUUGCUCAGUUCUGCUGGUCUUUACUUAUUCAAAUGGUGAACUGAUUGGUGAGAAGUUGAGAUUGAACAAUGUAUCUGUCAUAGACCACUGCCAUGUAUUACUGUAGCCUACACUGGACUGCUUUAGUAACUCACCAACAACAAUCUUUUUUUUUUUUUGCUUGAUAAAAUGCACCAGCAUUUAUCCAUUAUCCUACAGUACCAACCACCACCCCAGAACCUACCAUGUUUGGGUAAUAGAUUGGAACUGACAUACUGUAUACUGUAUGUGUACAAUUCUAAACAGUGUGCAGAUAUAUUUUAAGAGCAAAACCUAAUGCAUUUUUCAAUCUUAUUUAAUGAUACCAGAAGAAAUUACUUGAAACACAAUUCUUUGAGCCAAAUGACUAUAUUUGUUUUAUUAAUUGGACACUAAAUGGGCUGCAGCGGGACAAAAUGUUCCCACUUUAUUACCCUGACAGAAUGUAAGAUUGAGAUGUCUACUUAUUCUCUAGCAAAUAACUAACAGUUCUAACGUACAGUAACUACUCAGAGAUUACAAUAUGGCAGAGUAUAUUGUGGUUUCCUGAAAGACCGUCAUUUGUAUUUCAUUGAAAAAUUGAAAGGGAAGUGUCUUUGAGUGGCAUUGUGAAUAAAUUGUUUGAAUGAUGAGUCA